GUCGACAUCCACUGCUGCCAUGGCUGAAAAGGAACUUGUUGCAAUUGUUACAGGCGCGAACAAAGGGAUAGGAAAGGCCAUCGUAGAACGGCUUGCUGCAAGGUUCGAAGGCUCCUACCUCGCGCAAACCACGGGAGCCUCUAGCUUGCUGAUCUAUCUGACGGCCCGCGACGAAUCUCGCGGCCUAGCUGCCCUGCAAGAAGUCCGUAACACCGCGCCUGCCUCGGUGAAGAUCGAAUUCCACCCGUUAGACAUCAACUCGACCGAGUCCAUCCACGCACUGGCCAAGUCCAUGAAGGAGCGGCACGGACAGAUAGAUGUCCUGAUCAAUAAUGCGGCGGUCGCGACCAAAGGCCCGGCAUUCGACGAGCAGAUUGUAGAGUUCACGCUCGCACCAAAUUACUAUGGAACGAAGGAGAUGUGCCUGGCCUUCCUCCCCCUCCUGAAUCCCACCCACGGCCGCCUCAUCAACGUCUCCAGCAUGGGCGGCGUCCUCUCGCGUCUCUCCUCCCCGGACCUCGCCGCGCGCUUCCGCAACGCACGCGCCGUCCCUGAGGUCGACGCCCUCAUGGCCGAGUUCCGCGCGGACGUCAAGGCCGGCACCUGGAAAGAGAAGGGCUGGUACGGCAGCGCGUACGCCACCAGCAAGAUGGGCGUCACGGCGCUCACGCGCGCGCUCGCGCAUCAGACGCGGGAUAAGAACGGAUUGCUGGUGAACGCGGUGUGUCCCGGGUGGGUGAAGACGGACAUGGCGGGGCCGAGCGCGCCGAAGACGGUCGAGGAGGGCGCGGUGAACCCUGUGAUGCUUGCGCUGGAUGAUAUCAAGGGUAAGAGCGGGACUUUCUGGAAUGAUAGCGGGGAGUAUGAGUGGUAGAUACGUGGUGAGCGUCAGUCAACAGAGGUGCAGGGUCUAUGACCUUCGGAUGAGUAUAUGCGUUCAGCAGUGGCGUUGAUAUCCGCGCGGGCAUGGAUCUGGCUUUGUGGCAAUUGCG